CUCUCUCUCUCUCUCUACAUUCUCUCACAAUCUACAUCAUUCGUGUGUAUAUAUACGUAUAACGACACUUCUUCAAUCUUCUCGUACAAAACGGAGAAGACGACUCCAACCAUUUUGACUCCCAUUGACCCGAUCCUCUGUCUUUGACUCUUUGCAGUGAUGUCGGGUCAAGCUCUCAAAGAUCUCAACACGAUGCCUGCCUCUGAGAGGAAGAACGAUAACUCCAGUAAGGGGAACUUUACUAAACCUCAUUCCGAGAAUGGAAAUCUUGCAGAAAAGCACAGGAAAGCCACUGCCUCCGUGGUUGAAACUGUCACGAGUGGAGAUGAAAGUGUGAAAACUGAGGUUGAGGUUGGAAACAUAGAAGUUGAAUACAUUGAAUCUGAGAAUCUCGAUGAUGUAGAAGAUGUGGAUAUGACUCUAAAGGCACUUUUGGCUGGACUAGACUCUAAAGAUUGGGUUUUGGUAUGUGAGUCACUCAAUGAUGUACGCCGAAUAUCGAUAUUUCACAAGGAAUCAAUGUUCAACAUGCUGGAGAAUGUGAUCCCACUCAUUGUGAAAUCACUGAAGAAUCCAAGAAGUGCUCUGUGUAAGACAGCAAUCAUGACAUCUGCGGAUGUUUUCAGUGCAUACAGUGAUCACAUUAUUGAUUCAUUGGAUCCUAUGCUUUUGCAACUUCUUCUGAAGUCUUCACAAGACAAAAGAUUUGUAUGUGAGGCAGCUGAGAGAGCUUUAAUAGCCAUGACUGCUUGGCUUUCGCCCAUUUUGCUGUUACCAAAGUUGGAAACUUAUCUUAAGCACAGAAAUCCUCGAAUUCGAGCCAAGGCUUCAAUGUGCUUUUGUCGAAGUGUACCACGACUGGGAGUGGAGGGAAUCAAGGCAUAUGGGAUUGACAAAUUGAUCCAAAUAGCUGCAUCCCAGCUUAGUGACCAGCUUCCUGAGUCUAGGGAGGCUGCUCGUACUCUCUUGCUGGAACUCCAAACUGUAUAUGAGAAGUGUUCUGUCCCGACUCAGACUGCAGUACCCGAGGAGGAUUCAGUCCCGACUCAGACUCCAGUACCCGAGGUGGAUUCAGUCCCGACUCAAACUCCGGUACCCGAGGAGGAUUCAGAGAUGGGUUCAUGGGAGCACUUUUGUCAGUCGAAGCUCUCCCGUCUAAGUGCCCAAGCCGUACUUCGUGUGACGAACGUUGCUCGUGAAGGUAUUGCUCUGGGUUCCUAGCAGGACACACGUGGACUCAACAUAUGAUUCAUUUUUAUUAUCAUCUAUUCUAGUCCCUUUUUCCCUUGUUCGGUUUGGUUCAAUAUGUUUUUACGUGUAAAUACCGUGAGAUUGAGACUAUUGACGUAUAUUUGGGGAGGCAUUUGAAAUUCAGCUACGCAUCUUGUAGCAUUUCGUUA